CCGUUGGAUAUUUAAGAAUUUAAACUUGUGGAUACCAUAAUUUACGUCGUAACACUUUCCAAAUUUAAGUUCCAGAAUUUUCGAACUCAGAUUCUCCAAAAUCAGUGACGACUCGGCAACUCGGAUCGGUCGGAGAUUUUUCAGGAAUUAAGAAUUAAGUAAAGCUUAAGCUCAACUUUUUCAUUUGUUCUGAUUUCCCAAAAUUUACUUGGCAUGGGAGUUGUGACAGUUUCUAGCUCAGCUUCUCGAACCCCCCUAGGAUUAAGCACAAAAUUCUCAAGUCAUGGAUUCGCACCCAAGAAGCCCUUGAUUGUGGCAUUUAAAGCUGAUAAGCCUAAUAAAACUACGUUGGUUUCUUCUCACGAACCAAUAAUUUUGCCCAUUGAACCACACAAGGAGAUUCAGAACAGAGUAAGGAAAGCUAAAAAAACUAAAAAUCGAGUGAAAGCUACAGCUACCGAUGAAGUUUCUACUAGUACCAUGGAAGUGGAUUACAAUGAGGCUGCGGCCAAGCUGGAAAACAUUUACAAGCUUAGCCCUGCAACAACCGAUACAGAUGUGGAUGCAGAUGGUGCUGAUCGCUUGAUGAGUAGAGGCCGAAGAAGGAAGAGAAAGGUUAGUGAAAGUGAUGGAAAAACAGGUAAGAACACCAGUGAUACUGUGGUUAGAAACCGUACAAGGAAGGAGAGAAUGAGUCUUGAUAGUAGGAUUGCAUUGAAAAGGGCAAAGGAAGAGAAUGAGGUUGUUUCAAUUAAAAAGAGGAAAAACAGUUGGAAAGGAAAGAAUAAUGCUGAGAAAGUUGUUGUUUCAGUAAGAAAUAGAAAAGUUGCUGAGACUGAAGAAGAGAAGAUUCAGAAGCUUGUUAGGGAGUAUUCGACUUCAACUGAUUUGGUCAGCUUGGAUUGGAAGAAAAUGAAGAUACCGCCAGUUCUUCCUUCUACGGAGCAUACUUGGUUGUUCAAGUUAAUGCAGCCUCUAAAGGAACUCCUCAAAGUGCAAGAGAAUUUGCAAACUGCUAUGGGGAGAGAGCCAACUGAAGGAGAAAUAGCUGAAGCAACAAAUAUGAGUGUGGUUGAGGUUAAAAAACAAUUGGAAAUUGGCUGGGCUGCACGAAACAAACUCAUUAAGCACAAUCUUCGACUUGUAUUGUUUGUAAUGAACAAAUAUUUUCAAGACUUUGCAAAUGGUCCAAAAUUUCAGGACCUUUGUCAGGCUGGAGUUAAGGGACUAAUAACAGCAAUUGAUCGCUUCGAACCAAAAAGAAAAUUCCGGCUUUCCACUUAUGGUCUUUUCUGGAUUAGGCAUGCCAUCAUACGUUCCAUGACAGUCUCAAGCUUUACCCGUGUUUCAUUUGGCCUCGAAUCUGUAAGGGUAGAAAUUCAGAAGGCCAAGCUUCAGUUGAUGUUUGAGCUCAACAGAUUACCAACAGAAAAAGAAAUAGUUGAGAGGGUUGGCAUUUCACCCGAGAGGUACAACGAAGUAAUGAAAGCCUCGAAACCUGUUUACUCUCUUCAUUCAAAGCAUGCAGUUACACAAGAAGAGUUCAUCAACAGUAUUACUGAUGUCGAAGGUGUGGAAGGUGAUGACCGACGAAAACCAGCUCUUCUCAGGCUUGCUCUUGAUGAUGUGCUUGAUUCUCUAAAGCCUAAGGAGAGUUUGGUGGUGCGACAGAGAUAUGGACUAGACGGUAAAGGCGAUAGAACACUAGGAGAAAUUGCUGGAAACUUGAACAUUUCAAGAGAAAUGGUUAGGAAGCAUGAAGUGAAGGCUCUCAUGAAGCUCAAGCAUCCAGCUAGAGUUGAUUAUCUGCGUCGAUACAUGGUCUAAGCGCAGUCCCUUACAUUAUGUGCCUUUCCAAACCAGAAACUAUAACUGUAUAUUGAUGUAACAUAGUAUAUAUAGUUCCAUGUAAACAUAAGGUCAAGAAUUUGGAUGAAAAGGAAAAAAUAAAGGAAGAAGAGAGAUUAACUAGUGAAUAUAGAAAUUUUAUUAUACCAUGUAGUUUUGAGAAGGCUGUUAAACUCAGAUUGCAUAACAUGGAUGUAAUAUAAUUAUUUCCUCUGUAUAUUUUAUUUUUUAUGUUAUACACACAUAUAUAGAAAAUCUUUCUUUAGACAGAAA